UGCAGUCCUCCCUGUCCAUUUUUUCAAUCCGGACAUCCGUCCGGAUUACCCACACAGUAACCACCAACUGGAGAACUGCCGCACUGUGAGCAUCACACCAUCAGAUCCGCACAACAUGGAGUACUCUAUCCGUGCAGCCAACGUGGAGGACUGCAAGGACAUCGCGCGGAUGAUCUUGGAAUUGGCUGAAUUUGAGAAAGUGUCCCAGCAUGUGAAAGUCACACAGAGAGACUUGGAGCAGGACGGCUUCUCCAAGAACCCGUUCUUCCACGGGAUCAUCGCUGAGGUGCCCGAACAGCAAAAAACCAAAGAAGGUCAUACGAAGAUAGGCUAUGCACUUUACUUCUUUUCCUACAGCUCAUGGUCGGGCAGAGGUGUUUAUAUGGAGGACUUGUACGUGAUGCCAGAGUUCAGAGGGAAGGGCAUUGGUAAAGCACUUAUGAGCAAGGUUGCACAGCUCGGCAUGGCUGCUGGCUGCACCCAGCUCAACUUCACCGUCCUGGACUGGAACAAAUCUUCUCUGGACUUUUACCUCAGCCAGGGCUGCUUUGAUGUCACCACCGACAUGGGUUACCACUGUAUGCGCUGUGAGGGAGAGGCGCUGGAGCACCUGGCCCAACCAUAAGCCAACACUGGGGAUGACCUUUGCAACUCUAUGAGGUCAACCCACACAGAGCAGGGAUAGCGCAGCACUCAGUAGCCCCGUUCCAAAACCUGACAAUGACAAUCGUGAAGCCAGAUUCUUAAAAAAAUGAUUAUUACAAUAACUGACUGCUUGUUAAGCGCUACACCCCCAGUGUUGCUACACCCGUCAAGUUUUCCAUGCUAGCUCAUCAUAUACAGUUAACAAUAAUAACAAUGGCGGAUUUAGCACCUGAAAUUCUUGGUCAUUUUUCAAACAAUGGAUCUUCAAUUUCACAUAAAGGUAAACAAAAGCAGGCUUCUCAUUUAUAGAUAAUGAUAAUGUAAAUUUUGUCGCCUGAAUAGCAACAGCCGGCAGAUUUUAUUAGCAGUAGUUAGCUAGCAUUAGCUAUUUAGCUGACUGAUGCUAAAGCUAGGCAAGAAGUCAGCAUCCUUAGGGGAGAGCGGGUGAGUUGAGCCAGUUUUUACUUGAGGUGUCUUUAAAGUGAGGACAUGACAGUGAUGCCUCCAGCUAAAAUAUGUACAUAUAUUUUAGGAUGUGGUGCAUCCCUGGGAAUGAUCAAUUUGGAUCUAAAGGAAUCUGUUUUCAAAAUAUGGCUUUCAAAAAAAAAAGGGGACUCUUGUCUCAACUUGCCCCAUAUGAGGGGAUGAGUUGAGCCACAUGGGGGUUGGGGACAUCAGUGGCAUUUUAUCAUGCAAUUUCAAACGCCAGGUCCCAACAUUUAAUUGCACUUACAUUGUGAAACAUUGCAGCUAUGUCUCCUGGUUGUUUCAUAUUGAUGUAUCGUUUUAAAGUCAUCCUGUUGAUCAUCCAUGUCCCGUGCCACCUGAUGUAUGGACUUCCCAUUUUUGUACCUCUACCACUGAUCUGUCCAAACGCACAAUAGGAGUUGAAGCCUGUCUGUCUUCCAUUUAUAGAAGCAUGCCAUGAUGGUUUCUGGUCUAAGAUGCAUAAUGUCACAUCAUUUUGAUGAUGCAUGAGAUGGCAAUGUAAAAUUACAGUAAAAUAGCUGGCUAACAGCAUAACGUUACCCUGCAUAAGAUUUGUCAAACCUGUCUGUAAUUGUUCAGACACAAGAAUCAGGACUCCUUGAACAUAACAAAUCACUUUGAACUGCAAAAAACUGUUUUCUGAUCUUAAAAGUGUUUAUCACCCAUUCCAUGGGCCUCUCUUUAUCACAGGGAAAGGGUGAGUAAAAUGGAUGACUCCUCAAAAAUAUGUGGUCACACAACCAAUUUUGUCUAUGGUUGCCGAGAAACAAGGGGUGGCUCAACUUCCCCACAGGCUCAAAUCACCGCGCUCUCCCCUAUCAGCUGAUGAUCCAUGCAGAAGACAUGGAAAUAUAGAGCAGCGUUGUUUUUGUCUUGCAUUGUAGAGCUUGUUAGCCCUAAUAUUAUAGUAUGGUAUUAUAUAAUAAAAUGUAAUUCAAAUGUUAACUAAAACCUGUUUUGAUGCUCACUAUAUAAACGUGGACAAGCAGCACAGAGGUUAGGUUUGUGUUUUAUGAUUUUCAAACACUGUGUUUUACAUGUGAAAAGGUUUUGAGGAACAGGAAUACACUGAGAUGAUUCACAAACACAAAUGUGGAGUGAAAACUUUCCCAAAUCCAACUAUGAGCAGGACAGAACUGCUAACAUUAGCCUAAAUGCUGAUAUAGCAGCUAAGUAAUGCUCAGUUACUACUUGUAAUAAGCUAGGUAGCCAGGCUUGCUAAUGUUUGCAACUAGAGCAGACAAACCAACUGUUAAUGUAUUCCUUACAAUUUUGGUGGUGCUGUUUGUUUUGUUUUUUAUUUUGUUUGGUAAGGCUAAAAACAAAAGACACAACCCGCCAAACUCUUUAUAUACGAGGUACUGUUCUUACCACAUCCUCACAUACACCGCUUCCCCAUGUGCCUGCUGUGCCUUGUUAUGGUUCAAAAAGGGGUUUAGCAAACAGUCAAUUGGCUUGUUAUUUACAGUCAAGGACGCAGUUUUAAGUAUUUGAAUGGGGCCUAUGCAAUACAUUUAGAUCACAGAGGCACUGAAAUCUGUUUUUUGUGUUUUAUCCCUUGUGAUAUGUUAUGCCAGAGCACCUUUUGAUUUCAGUGUUAAAUGGAUCAGAUAACCUAAUCUCUCUGCUUAAAGUGUGAAAAAGAUUAUAGAUUAUAGAAUGUGGGUAUGAGAAAAGGUCAGAAAGGACUGUGCAUGUGUGUGGGUUGUGGGGGUUUUAGAGAAGGUCUUGACAUAAAGUAAACAAUUCAUCAUCUAGAAAUAAAUAUUGUUUUGCACAAAAUCCAGAAAAACCUUAUGCAUUUUAAAGCCAAGAUCUGUUUCCUUGUGUGACUGUUGGAAAAUAGUGAGUUUUUCUUAUCCCUUUAAAUGUAUUAUAAACGAUGGCAACAGCAACCAAAGAGUCUGUCACCUCUAGCCUCGUCUUCCAGACUCCUGUGAAGCUGUUGUAAUGCACAAUAUUGGUAUUUUCAUUGUUUUCCUUCUUUUGAGCUAUGUAUUUACAAAGUUGUUGUGAUGAAAUUGUGAAGUAAAGGAAUCAGUUGCGCCUGACCGAAACCUACUUCCAUGCAGCCAAUCAACAAACUCUUGGGUUUCAAAGAAAGAAGCAAUCAGACAAAAACAACCCAUCUGGUGGAAUUCAAGAAAUAAAAACCUUGGACAAGGCUUUGUUUGUAUCUAAACCUGUCCUGUUAAAGUGAAACGGGCAUUAUUGUGGUCUGCAUUUCUGUUUUGUAUCCACUUUACUUUUUGUAUCGUUUCCAGCUAUUUAAUGAAAACAGUCUUGGGUUGUCAGUUGUGGGUUAUAUUUAGUUUGUUUUCUCUCACUCUAAACAAGUAAAAACCACUGACCCUCCUCUGUAGCUUUUGCAAUUUGCAUUUCUUUUCAUACUUUGUUUACAAAAUACUUGAGUAAAGAAUGUGUUGGGUUUUUUUCAUCUUUGGCACAUUGUGUUGUAAAAUAUUAAUGUAUGUUUGUUUCAAUGUGCAAACUAUACGGAUUUCAUCGGUGUGUACAAGUAAACUUAAUGUGCUGUCAUUGUGCUAGACCGCAUGUGCCCAAAAAUCUAUAUAGAGUCCAAGUGAACAUGAAGAGAUGUGUAUAACCUCCCUUGUCUGCAACUUCCCCACCAUAAUGCCAAACCCAGAACUAUAAAUUAUACAACUUGUUACAGCAUGGAUUUCUCAACUGUGUCGAAAUCAAAUCAAAGUUCAACCCUGAUUCCUGUCAAAUCUUUCCAAUACAUUUGAAGAGCAACUUUGCAUACAAAAGACAAGAAGAGAUACUUAAAUGUUUAUUCAGAUUUUAGCUUGCAGGAUGUGUGUGUGUAAUUACUACAUGGUGUAAAAGUCAAAAAGAUGACCAUGCUGAUGUAGUGUGCUCAUUUGCACAACUUUGGUGCUGUUCAGUUGUCAGGAAGGGCCUAUGUGUGUCACCCAGUGUACCAUUCACAUGAUGGGAUAUUUCCACUGUGUUCAAUACUGGUAGUAUUGUGAUUACAAAUAUUACGUGCAGUCACUGAUGUUGUGUGCCAGCAGAGGCGUUUUAUUGUGUUAAUGUGUCGGUUUUGUCACUGAAAUGACUGAAUUUAAAGAUGGUCACAGUUGGGUGGUAACCUUGUGAAUCCAAAAAAGUGAACCUUUCAGGAAGACCAUACCUUUUAGACUUCACUCCACUGAGUUUUUAAAGGGCUUCAUAAGAUCAAAUAAAUUCUCUCAACUCACAAAGGAGCAUGAAAUUCCUCAUCUAAAACAUGGAAAUCACAAAAUAAUGGAUUCAUAGGUUUUUCAUGUGAUCAGCAUGCCAUAAUUUCACCCAACUGGCCACAAAAAGCACCUCCAAAGUUAAGUGUCAUUUGCUGUACCCAAGAUAGGCUACAUAAGUGUCAAAAAGCCACGUCGCCUUUAGCCUAGAACCUGCAUGAGAGUCAGUGUUGGUUUCACAAAAGUAUUUUAGGCUUCCUGUUGUUCCAUUCUUGAAAACCAAGAGUGUGUUUUACUCGUGUUUACCUGUACACUUGUUUGACUGCUCUGUUCAUUUGACACUGACGAAUAAAACCUGUCAGACUGCA